AUGGCACCACUACAACGUAAUAGAAAUAUUGUACCCGGUCCAUUACAAGUCGAAUAUUAUACUCAACGCGCAGGUGCUGGUUUGAUUAUAGCAGAAACUACACUUAUUGAAGAAUUAGGUACUGAAUUCCCGAAUUCACCUGGGAUAUAUAAUGACGGACAAAAGAGCGAGUGGAAGGCUGUCGUUGGAACCAAGUGUGCUAGGCCCGAAAUUUCUCAGGCUUUCCAAAUGUUCACCAUGGUACCAUAUGAAAGACCAAUUAAAGAUCUUGAAGAUGAAUUCUUCAACUCUCCAAAAAUGAUUUGGAAUUAUGAUCACCGA